UGGGACAGAGGUCAAGUGGUUGAAGAACGGGCAGGAGCAGACGGCCGGAGUGGUGUCCACGGAGCUGAUGCAGAACGGAGACUGGACCUUCCAGAUCCUGGUGAUGCUGGAAAUGACCCCCCGGAGCGGGGACGUCUACACCUGCCAGGUGGAGCACAGCAGCCUGCCGGGGUCCAUCACCAUGCACUGGGAGGCUCAGGCAGACUCAGCCAGGAGCAAGAUGCUGACGGGGGUCGGGGGCUUUGUGCUGGGGCUGAUCUUCCUGGCGCUGGGACUCCUCGUCUACCUGAGGAACAAGAAAGGCCGCCCCGUUCCCCAGCCAACAGGGCUUCUCAGUUAGAUCCUGCAGCUUCGGGGCCUGCAUUGCCCAGCGUGAUUCUCCAGCCC